AUGCAAUUCCGCAUCCUUCUCCUCUCCGCGCUCGCUGCAAGCAUAGCGACCGCGCUCCCGCAGCAAGUCGUGUCCGGCGACGAAGUCACCGGGACCCAAUGCCUGGAUACUUCCAUCCAAUUCGACACCCACUCCACCAACGUCGCCAUCCUCGGAAUAUGCGGCGGCAUCGCCAGCAGCAUACAAAAGUGCGGCGGAAACCCUUCUUCCACAACCGGCCAAUCGGGCACCUCUCUCUUCACGCUCAACGCCACGGACGCCGGGUCGACGAUUAAUAUCAGCAAGGGGCGGUGGGAGCGCUGUGUAAAAGCAGCGCAGUUGACGUGCCCACAGGGCAGCUUCCAGACGACGUGUAUCGGUGGGGCGACGCCAAGUGGGGAUGUGAGCUUUAGUUUGACGGAAGCGUAG